UUAUAAUUUGGGGUAUUAACCCUAGAAUUUUCCUUAUUCGAUCGGGAAAUUUGUAUUUUAUCCCGGAAUUGUCGGCUUCUUGCGGAUUGUCUGCUUUUGGAUAUUCUGUUCUAUUAUUGGUUAUCUGAUUAGAUUCUGGUCAGGAAGUAUAAUUGACGUGAUGACUUCGAUUGAGUUACAAUAAUUGUUGCUUAAUGAUGGAUCAAUGACGCCCAGAAACUAUGUUGAUUGGGAAGGGAUUUGGAAUUUAUGUUAUUGCAUUGUUGAAUUAAACCUGCUACUUUUAAUUUGCUUAGGGUGUUCAUUCAAUAGCUGUUGAUGUUACUUUGAAUGGCAGAACAUGGUAUCAUAUCAACUGCUUGAUUCUCACCCGGUUAACAGUGUACCUAACACAUUUCAGUUGGCACAAGCGGAGUACGGGACUUGGCUUGGUUCAGCGACCGAUUUUUACAAUGCAAGCUUGCAACAUGAUGGUUUUAAUCAGUCGAGAUUCAUGGGAUUCAGCCUUAAUUCUCCUUCAACCAAAUAUGUUAACCAACAUCAAUUACCUCAAGGCGCUCUCCCCAGAGAGAAUAAUAAUCACACUUGCUCUAGAUUUAGUAAAUCUGAUGGGAAUACCUCAUUUUCUCCAAUGAGAACAAGUUUGUUGACUAAGGAGUUCAUUACGUCCCCAGAGCAGAUAUCUUCUGUCACUGCAUGCUCUGAAGCAGACUUGUUUUCUGAAAGUGAACAUUUGGACAGUGGAUCAAAUUUUUCUAGCCCUGACUUUGACUAUUUAUCUCAAUCAUCAGCAGAAACCUACACUCCAAGACAACCCGUGACCCCUAGAGAGUUUGUUUCGGUUAAUCGAAGAGAAAUCCUGGAGAUCGAUCAGAUUCCUUCUUAUGGGUGUCUUCCGAAACCAUUUAUAGAUAACAUGGACCUCUGUCAUUCAAAUGCAUUCAUCUUGGGAAAAAUUCCUGAGAGAAGGUUGAACUCUCUUUCUAGUGUGAUUUCUGGAGUGCCAAGACAUGGAGAUCAAAGCCAGCUUCUUCCUAAUACGUGCAGCUUGGAACAAAUUUCUAAGAGAAUUCCUCAGAGGCGCAACUCUCUUUCCAGCAUGGUUGCUGGUAAAGUGAUACCAAGGCUUGAAGAUCAGUAUCAAAUUCCUCAGUUUCAUGAUUUGCUAAAUCGUUAUGAAUUAGAUGAGUUGUCUACACCCCGCUGUGGAGAAUUGUCUCCAGGGAAGCAUAGUGAAAAUUCUAUAGACCAGCAUAAUGGCUCCAGCGCUUCCAUGGUUGAUGAUUUUCCACCUCCUCCUAAGCGCGCAAGGACUGGGGACUAUGUACAUUUCAGUCUCAUUGCCAGCUCUGAUGAUCAAUGUAGAUUUGAAAAAACUCUAGAUGACAGUGGGCACGAGGGUUCUCCAUGCUAUGGGCAAAAGGAACAGGCCGAGCUGUCUACACCCAGAUGCAGACAAUCAUCUUCCGGAAAGCAGAGUGGAAAUUCUACACACCAGCAUAAUGGCUCUACCACUUCCAUGGUUGAUGAUUCUCCACCUCCCCCAAAAUGUUUAAGGACUGGGGACUCUGUACAUUACAGUCUCAUUGGUAGUUCAGAUGAUCAAUGCAGGUUUGACAGAAGUCUCGAUAACAGUCAGCAUGAAGAUUCUCAAAAGGAAGUGGUGAGGAUUCAGCAAGUUUUUUGUCCAGAAACCUACAUCGAAUCCAAGAAAAAGGAAGAGUUUCAGGAAGUCUUAAAUCAAGCAGUGACGACAGAACAGUCCCUCCCAUGUGAAGACAUUCUUAAAUCAUCAGAUGGUAUAAAUUACAUUUCUGACGAGACUGAGAGACUGGGAUGCCAAAAUCCCAGUCUUUUCAAAGAACUUGACAAUGGAAGUGAGAAUGUCCUUCAUUCCACCUCUGACAAUACAGCCGUGCAAGAACAGCAAAAUGUUGUUGAAGAAUACGCAUCCAAGUGUGAGGAACAGCCAAAGUUUGGGAUAAAAUGUUUGUCCAAGCCUCAAGAGCAGCCAAAAAUCAUUCAAGAACCAGGGGUCAUGCAAUGCAAUUCCAACCUUCCGCAACUUGAAUCCAAAGGUGAAAUGGAUUCUAGAGAAUGUGAAAAAAGUGACCAACUAAGAACAGGGUCAGAGGAUUCGGGGAAGUUGCCAGUUUCUUAUAUUGACUUUUUCAAUUCAGAGCAAAUAAAGGAACACAUAAGCAGUCUCAAAUCAUCAUCAGGACAGCCUAGUGGGACAAGAACAAAGGAAACCCCGAAGGAAAAUUGGUUGUGCCGGUUGUGCUGCUCUACAGAGAAGCUUUUGUUUGGACCACCACCUUUGUAUUGUUCACGUUGUUGUAACCUUGUGAAGCCAAAUUCAGUGUACUACUCAGCGCAAGAUGAUAUGGGUUCAAGGCAUUUCUUUUGUCCUGUAUGCUUCAAGCUGUCACGUGGAUCUAGCAUUUUGUUUCAGGGGCACUCUUUUUCUAAGGCACAGAUGUGGAAGGAACGGAAUAAUAUGGAAAAUGAAGAAUCGUGGGUGCAAUGUGAUAAGUGUGAGCACUGGAUGCAUCAAAUUUGUGGGCUGUUUAAUGCUAAAAGAGACCCUGAGGGAAAGGCUAAGUAUGCUUGUCCAUAUUGCCGCUUAGAAGAGAUUGAAUUGGGUAAACAUGUACCUUCAUCUGCUACUUUUGGGGCAAAAGAUCUUCCUCGUACAGGUCUUAGUGAUCACAUUGAAGAGAGGCUCUUUAGGCUGCUCAAAAGAGAAAGAGAAGAGAGGGCGAAGGUUUCAAACAAAGAUAUUAAUGAGGUACCUGGGGUAGGAGAACUCGUUGUUCGAGUAGUCUCAUCUGUCAGCAAAAUUCUUAAAGUGAAUCCGGAAUUUUUAAAUAUAAUUCCUGAACAAGAUUACCCGAAGGAGUUUCCAUACAAGUCAAAGGUCAUUUUAUUGUUCCAGAAAAUUGAAGGGAUAGAUGUCUGUCUAUUUUGUAUGUAUGUCCAGGAGUACGGAUCAGAAUGUGAUAAACCGAACCAGCGCAGUGUAUAUAUUUCAUACCUCGAUUCCAUCAAGUACUUCAGGCCUGAAAUACAUACAGUUAGUGGCGAAGCUCUUCGCACCUUCAUAUAUCACGAAAUUUUGAUUGGUUAUCUUGAGUACUGCAAGAAAAGGGGUUUUGUAGCCUGCUACGUUUGGGCUUGCCCUCCUUAUAGAAAGGAAGAUUACAUUUUUAACUGUCAUCCCGACUCCCAGAAAAUACCAAAGCAAGAUAAAUUGAGACAGUGGUACAAGUCAAUGCUAAAGAAAGCUAUGAAAGAUGAGGUUGUUGUGGACUACAAAACAUUUUACGAGUCCUUCUUUAUUCAAAAUGAGGAGUGUAAUAACAAGAUAACAGCAGCUCGUUUACCAUACUUUGAUGGAGACUAUUGGUCAGAUGCUGCCGAGGAUAUGAUCAGAAAAAUGCAGAAAGAAGAUGGUGGAGAAACGGAGGGGAAGGUGAAAAAACCUGUGACGAAACGAAUUAUGAAAUCAAUGGGACAUAUGGAUCUUAACAUUGAUGCAACUAAAGAUAUUCUUGUGAUGCAAAAGAUCAGCCACGCCAUGUUAACAACGAGGGAAAACUUUCUAGUUGUUCAACUGUUGUUCACUUGCAAGAACUGCCAGAAUCCGAUACUCUCUGGAUUCCAUUGGUUUUGUAACCAAUGUAAAACUUCUGUUUUUUGUUCUAGGUGUCAUGAAAAGGAUCCAAAUUUUAAAGAAAGCAGUAUGCACACUUCCAUUGGUGGGGAAGAACAUUUGCUCUCAAAGGUUGUGAUAAAUGACUUGCCAGCUGACACUGCUGAGGAAGAUGGCCUUCUAAAAAAUCAUAUAUUUGAGAAUAGACAUUCCUUCCUGGGCUUUUGUCAGGGAAAUAACUACCAGUUCAACACCCUUCGCCGUGCCAAGCACUCUUCAAUGAUGAUUUUGUAUGACCUGAGGAAGCAGAUGUGGAUAAUUAGAAAGAUGGCCUGCAGGAUUUGCCAGAAAGAGAUCAUGGUUCAGGCACAUUGGCAUUCUGAGAUUCGUCCAGAGUUAGAUGUUUGUGAUAAAUGCUGUUACAAAGUUAGGACUGAUGAUUGUAAUCCCAAGUCAGUUGUGAAUAUUCCUAAAGCUGACUGCGGACUACUCAGAUAUGAGGCUCUACCAGAGACAGCGAAUCAGGUACGAUAUCGAAAUGUUGUGGAACACGCUUCUCAAUGUUUUCCAGACCAAAGCAACCCUUGUUUGCAUCCUGACUGUUCUAAGGUCAAAAAGUUUUUCCGUCAUUCGCGUCAAUGCAAAAAGAAUCUUGUUGGAAGAUGUGAAAACUGCCGCAAAAUAUGGAUAAUGAUAUGUAUACAUGCAGUUAGGUGCAAGGAUUCCAAUUGCCAGGUUCCACGUUGCAGGGAUGCCAGAAGACACAUUGAAGAGUGUUCAGAGAGGUCCUGCAGAUUCUGCUAUGACUGGCGACGUUUUGUAGCUAGAUGUAAAUAGGAUGAUUUAGGACAAACUCAUACAGAAUGGAACAAAUGCAUCAAAAUGGCGGUUCAAUACUGUACAGGAAUAGUCGCACUCUUGCGAUAAUCAUUUGCUGGACCUAGCAACUGAAUUUGUAUAUAAUGUGAUUAGGGAAUGCAAGGGUGAAACAUCACACAUGGCCAUAAGUUCAAUGUGUUAGAUAUUAGUUUUCAGCUCUCUGAUUCGCUUCCGGCCAAUUGCUUGGAUCUAACAUAAAAAUGUUGAGUUUUUUUUUUUAAUUUUUUUUAUCAC